AUGUCGGUUAGAAGGAAUGCUUUUAGAUCAGAGAGAAAUAGCCUGUGGCAUUCCUCGGGAGGUAUAAUUAGCCCUCCUCUUCUGUUCAUCGUCUAUAUAAAUGAUUUGCCAAAUUGUCUCAAACACACAACAUCUAGAAUGUUUACAGCUGUGGGUGAAACAUUGGGUGAAAUGGAAAGGAGGUCAAAUGAAGACCUAAUGAUUGUCCGAAAGUGGCUGUCUGCAAAUUUACUUAGUUUUAAUAUUGCGAAAACUGAGUACGUUCUGAUUGGAUUAUGGCAUGGAAUGAAUAAUAUCGAUGCCCAACCUGGAGUUAAAAUCGGCAGCCAGUCAAUCAAAAGAGUGAAACAUGCCAAAGUGCUUGGAGUUCAGGUUGACGAGAAUGUAAAUUGGGGGAAAACAUUUUGA